GGCUUUAAUCUCCGCCUCAAAUACGAAACCCUAGCCGCUCAGCUCCGCCGCUUCUCUCCCUCAGACUCUCCAGCCAUGUCGCACUUCGGACGAUCCGGACCGCCGGACAUCAGAGACACCUACUCCCUCCUCGUCCUCAACAUCACUUUCCGUACCACCGCCGACGACCUCUUCCCGCUGUUUGACAAGUACGGCAAGGUCGUCGACGUGUUUAUCCCCCGCGACCGGAGGACCGGCGACUCGCGCGGCUUCGCUUUUGUGCGGUACAAGUAUCAGGAUGAGGCGGCUAAGGCCGUGGAUAAGCUCGACGGGAGAGUUGUGGAUGGAAGAGAGAUUAUGGUUCAGUUUGCUAAGUAUGGUCCAAAUGCUGAGAGGAUCUCCAGUCACAAGGGGAAAAUUAGUGAAUCUUCCUCCAAGUUGAAGAGCAGGUCCAGAAGCCGGAGCCCUCGUCCAAGGUAUCGAGAUGAAUACAAAGAUAGGGAUUACAGGAGAAGAAGUCGCAGUCGUAGUAGGGACAGAUACGACCGUGACAGGCACCAUAGGAGUGAAAGAGAGCAUCGCUACAGAAGCAGGAGCCGCAGUGCAAGUCCUGAUAAUCGUAGAAGGAGCAAAUAUGAUGACGAGCGGCGUAGUCGAAGCCGGUCCUAUGGAAGUGUCUCACCUGCUCGGCCUAGCUCUAAAUCUCGAAGGAGCCCCUCUCCUCGUAGGACACCUCCAAGGAGUGAGAGUCCGGAUGCACGCAACCGCAACGAACGCUCUCCUAGCCCCAGAGAUGUUUCACCACAGCCUCGGCGUGAAGAUUCUCCAAGUCCUCGUAAAUCUGAUGUCGAUGAAUGAUGGGGAUCGCUUGUCAUGUGACCUGGGGUUAUACCUUUGUCUUGUGGCCUUGUGUUUGCAUCCUUGGAAGUUGAGUUUCAUGUACCAUCAACAUGUUGAAUGUUUAAGACUGCCCUGCAGUUUUGUUGAAGGUUAAAACAUUUCUUUGUUGGACUAGUGAGUUUCUUAACUCAUUUAAGUUUGAUGGUAGCUUUUGUAUUCUGCUUUAUGGGCUGGUACAGUAUCAAGUGCUUGCUGUAGUGUCUAUGAAUUGGGAGUCUUCCUAUUAAUAUUUAAAAUUGCAACUUUUUAGCUUG